AUGGUGUACGGUAGUUGGGCGUGGCCCCCGCGCCGUCUUGGACGCUGGCCUACGCGCGACGCUGGUGUCUCCCCGACGAUUGGUCUAUCUAGGCAAGCCGAGGCUGUUUGCUUACUGCGCCUUCCGACGUCGUCGUUCAAUCUGAGUCUCUACAUAUUUCUGAAUUUGUCGGACGCCUCUAACAUCAUCGCCGUCGCCACCACCACUCCAAACAUACUCCUCACAUCACUCCCUUUUUAUCUGAUUUUGAUUGCUUCUGACAACCCGACUGUCCGGACGCUCCGACCGUAUCUCGGAACGAACUCCAAGAAAACUGUGCUCCAACACUUCAUCCUGGUGCUCACCACCACCACCACCACUGCUUCUCCACUACUGUCCUCCAUCGUCGUCGAGUGCGGAUAUGCAACGGACCGAUUUGUAUACAAUCACCGAACCCCUUCCGAGAUGCGAUCAAUCGCUAAUACGAGUUAA